AUGGUAAUAGGAGCUUUAAGAGAUGCAGCUGAAAUGUUAAAAAUGAAAACACGGAGCUUCCCGGCAGUGACGACCUCCCCACGAGAACAUGCCUCUGCAAAGGACCUCCUUCAUCCCUCUCCUGAAGAGGAGAAGAGGAACCACAAGAAGAAGCACCUGAUGCAGAGCCCAAAUUCCUACUUCAUGGAUGUGAAGUGCCCAGGAUGCUAUAAAAUCACCACAGUCUUUAGCCAUGCACAAAGGGUAGUUUUGUGCAUUGGCUGCUCCACUGUCCUCUGCCAGCCUACAGGAGGAAAAACGAGACUCACAGAAGGAUGUUCCUCCAGGAGGAAGCAGCACUAA